UCCAAAUAUCUACGUCAUCGCUUCCUAUUUUUCAUGAAGUCGUUGUCCUAGAGUCUUAACCGUGCCAAAUCCUCAACCUAAAACGAACAAUCACCCUCUUCGUGUGGUCUCCGAACCUACCUCUCUCUCUCUCUCUCUCUCUCUCUCUCUCUCCUUCUUGCCACUUCUUUGUAUUCCAUCAUCAUUCGAAACCCUCCUCCAAAGCAAUCAUUCGAAAUCCUCUCCCUUCUCUCUCAUACUCAUCCACCUGAGUGUAUUCUUCAGCUCUUGUCAAUUAUACAAAAGAAUCUCCUUGUGGGUCUUCUCCGCCGGCGCACUUCUUCCAUUACUGAAGAUGGGUAAGAAUCCAAAAGCUUGUGAGGAUUCUAGGGUUUGUUCCGAACCGAAUGACGAUGGGCUCGAUCGUUCUUUGAAAAAAGAUGGGAAGGGGAAGAGAUUGUGGAAGAAGGUGAAAUACCAGCUGGUGGAGUACCACUCGUUGCCUGCGUAUUUGAAGGACAAUGAGUACAUUAUCGGGCAUUAUCGAUCCGAAUGGCCGUUAAAGCAGAUUUUGCUAAGCAUUUUCACCAUUCAUAACGAGACCCUCAAUGUCUGGACGCAUUUGAUUGGCUUCUUCCUUUUUCUUGCCUUGACAAUAUACACUGCGAUGAAGGUUCCAAAGGUUGUGGAUUUCCACGGUCUGCAACAUAUCCCUGAUGUGCUGAAGAGAGCUGAUCUCCACAAACUGCAUGCAGAACUUUUGGCUUGCCUGCCUUCUUUACCCAACAUGCCUGAUUUGCACAGACUUCGUGAGGAGCUAACAAAGUCGUUGCCUUCGAUGGGUUUGCUGCCAUCACCAUCGACUUGGCAUGUCGUAGAUCUCCUCACAAAGUGUUUGCCUGGGAGGCUAUUUCAUGUGAACCACACAGAUGUUGGUGUUCUGUGGACUGCGAAAGAAGACCUGGCAAAUGCGAUUGCACCCCUGAUGUUCCGUCCAAUCACGCGGUGGCCAUUCUUUGCCUUCUUGGGUGGGGCCAUGUUCUGCUUGCUCGCCAGCAGCACGUGCCACCUACUCGCGUGCCAUUCCCCGCGGCUUUCAUACAUCAUGCUUCGGCUCGACUACGCUGGAAUCUCAGCUCUCAUCUCAACCUCCUUCUACCCUCCCGUCUACUACUCCUUCAUGUGCUACCCCUUCUUCUGCAACCUCUACCUCGGAUUCAUCACCCUUUUGGGAAUCGCCACGAUGUUGGCUUCUCUCCUUCCGGUCUUCCAGAAACCAGAAUACCGUCACAUUCGUGCGUCCCUAUUUUUCGGGAUGGGCGUGUCCGGGAUAGCUCCAAUCCUGCACAAGCUUAUCUUGUUCCGGAACCGCCCAGAGGCAAUUUAUACUACUGGGUACGAAGUUUUGAUGGGAUUAUUCUACGGAAUAGGGGCUUUGAUUUAUACCAUGAGGAUUCCAGAGCGGUGGAUGCCCGGUAAGUUUGACAUUGCGGGCCAAAGUCACCAUAUUUUUCACGUGUUGGUGGUGGCAGGGGCGUUCACGCAUUACCGUGCGGGGUUACUUUACCUCCGGUGGCGCGAUAUGGAGGGGUGUUGACAAGGUUUCUUGGAGAAUCCGAUGCACUGGUGGGUUCGAUGUUUGUUGCGUUGGUUGUGGUGUAUUAGUAGGUCAUAAGUUGUGCAUAGUAAUACAGUGGGCGAGGAGCUUGAUAUUUAUGGUCUAAGCUUCUUAAUCAAUGAAGGAUCAGUAUCAUACACAUAUAGGCCUUACAUAGUUUCAUACGUUGAGACGCCUUCUUUUUCUAUCUUCCACCAUUGAUAAGAUGAUAAAUUUUCCA